AUUGGAAAUAGCCUUCAUUCCAGCAGCAUCCUCAGCUUGUACCAGCGCUAGACCGGUCUCCAGAGGCACCCAGACAUGGAGCUCGAAUUUGGUCACUUUGAUGAAAGGGAUAAGACUUCCAGGAAUGCACGAACAUCUCGAAUGAAUGGAUUGCCCAGUCCUACACACAGUGCCCACUGCAGUUUUUAUAGAACCCGCACUUUGCAAGCUCUCAGCAACGAAAAGAAAGCCAAAAAGGUCCGGUUCUACCGUAAUGGGGAUCGAUAUUUCAAGGGAAUAGUCUAUGCUGUGUCUCCCGACCGGUUCCGAAGUUUUGAUGCCCUUCUGGCUGACCUGACCAGGUCCCUCUCUGAUAAUAUUAAUUUGCCCCAGGGUGUACGCUACAUCUACAGCAUUGAUGGAAUGAACAAAAUCUCCAGUAUGGAUGAACUUGAGGAAGGAGGAAGCUAUGUUUGCUCAUCUGACAACUUUUUCAAGAAAUUAGAAUACACAAAGAAUGUCAAUCCAAACUGGUCAGUGAAUGUGAAGACGUCCGCCACUCAAAAGAGCCCACAGUCCCUGGGUAGCUGUAACAACUCCCAGUCCAGGGAGAACAAGGACUUUGUCCGCCCCAAGUUGGUAACUAUCAUUCGUAGUGGAGUAAAGCCUCGUAAGGCUGUACGUGUCCUGCUCAACAAGAAGACGGCUCAUUCCUUUGAACAAGUCCUCACCGAUAUCACUGAUGCCAUUAAACUGGAGACUGGAGUGGUCAAAAAGCUGUACACCUUGGAUGGAAAACAGGUGACCUGUCUGCAUGAUUUCUUUGGUGAAGAUGAUGUAUUUAUUGCCUGUGGGCCAGAAAAAUUUCGAUAUGCUCAGGAUGACUUCUCCCUGGAUGAAAAUGAAUGCCGCGUGAUGAAAGGAGCUCCAACACAGACUCCAAAGUCAGGUACUAGCACUCUCAAAAGUUCUGCUAAGAGUCCUGCACCAACACGUCGCAGCAAAUCUCCUGCUGACUCAGCUAAUGGAACUUCAAGCAGUCAGUUAUCCACACCUAAAUCCAAGCAGUCUCCAAUCUCCACCCCAACCAGUCCUGGAAGUCUUCGUAAGCACAAGGAUCUGUACCUUCCACUGUCCCUGGACGACUCUGACUCUCUUGGAGACUCCAUGUAGAGAGUAACAGUGUAUCGUAUCGCCCAUGAGGAGGAUCAUACAGCAGAACAGAGCAGACCGGCACUUUGGUGCUUUUUAAAGGAUCCAAUUACAGCUUUCACUGUUAUUUUUAUUUUUAUGUGAUUUAUAGUUUGUGUCAUUAAUUACAUGUGACCCAACCUAACAGGGAGAACCAACUGUUUUAUAGUGAUGAAGCAGGCUUCAAAAUUAUGUACUGUAUGCAUGUGUGUCAUUCUUGAGUUGACCCUAGAACCAAACAUGGUGCUUCUAAUGGCCGUCAUCACUAGCUUUCAUGAAUUGCAUCAUUCUACGAUGAUGUAACAAGCUAGGCACAUGUACGGUACGCUAGGAAAUGUUGAGUGUAUGUUGUGGAUCAUUUUGUAUGUUUUAUAUUUGAAAAUUAAGAUUCCCCCUUUUACAUUCUGUAACGAGAAUUCAGACCAGAUUACUCAAUGACUUGAGGGUUUUUACACAUACACAGUAUGCAGUGUUCUUAAAUAUAAAGCUUCACCCCUAGCACCAAGAAUUAGACAGCAUUGGGAGGAAUUUGUAACCAAUUUUGGUCACUGUUUUGUAUUAACAUUUCAAUCAGUUUUCAGUGAAAAAAAAAUUAAAAAAAUCUGCAUACCCCUUCUCAAAAUUGACUUCUCUUUCAACCGAACAUAAUGAACAAUUACCAUUUUUAUAUUUAC